AUUCGUUGAUGUACGAUUAGAAAAACUUCUUAAUCAUCUUAAAUUUCAUAAUGACGCGUGUCUUUCUGAAAAUAAUUAUUUUUCUUACUGCAACGAUAGUCACAGUGGUUGUGGGGUCCCAAACGUGUCCAGGGGUGUCACCGAAGAACUGUUCCAAGCACGUGAUAAUGUCUCCUUGUCCCAGCACUAUUCCUACCUGUUCUGUACCAUACGAAGACCUCCUCUCGGCCCGCUUGGAAGACGGUAACACGCCCCGGGUGGACUUAUCGUUCCCAUCCUGGAUUAAUUUCCCCCUCAUGCGACAAGGUCAACGUUUCGCGAAAAACAAUUGGUUCAGCUUUUCACUCGCGGCUGCCCUGGGAAGAGCGGCAAACAUGAAUAAUGCAGAUAUCAGGGAUGUCGCAAUGUUCACGAAAACUAUGUCCAAUUCUCCGAUAGGCUGUGCCCAUAUUUUGGCUUCGUUCGGGGCUAAAGCUAUGACUUGGUUUGACGACUUGCAACCAUCCACUCAACCCGUUAACCCCGAAAAAUCCGACUUUCUUCAAAGUGUCAAUCGCAUCAGGUGGAUUCACGUCAAGGUUGCCCGAGACAUUGUCGCGACACAACGCAUAACUGGAAAUAAUCAUAUCGUUAACGAUUCAAAUUAUGAAGAUGUCAAAGUUAAUGACGUUGUUUGGACCGCAUUUCACCAGGAUUUAACAGCCUCGAAUAUUCCCGCAGAACAAAGAGAACCAAUCCCGCCAAUAUUAUUUGAAGGGAACGAUUCCAUCCCAUUCUUUAAUCAGCAUUCACUCGCAUUUUUUCAGUUUAACGCGUUCGCUUAUCCAAUCAUAAUGGGGGAACGGUUCGGUAUUAAAGCUACUGACCAAGACCUUUGGGCGUUUAAUCAUCUUUCCGCCGUAAUCGGGUAUACGUUUGGGCUUGACGAUAAAUUCAACUUGGCGUUACAACCAGAAUUCGAAUCACUGAAGGAAUAUUAUUGGAAGUUUUUUAACAGAACGAUCCUACCAAGUUUGUUCAAGAUUAAUAAACGGACGAAGGUUACGAUUGAAAAUAUUCUCGAGGGCACCAGAAUAAACACGCCAGCCUGGACCCUUCAGCUUUACCUGUAUCGCGUCGCCACCAUGCUAGCCAAUGUCCCUGCACCCUCUCUUGCCUCACUGUUCACCGACCAGGAUAAAUUUCAUGACAACAAUCUGAGAAACAACGUUUUACCAAAUCUUUUGAAAAGUGCAACAUUCAGAACACAGACAAACAUGAAAGCUAUUAAUGACCUUAUGAAAAUCGGGGCAAAAUAUUACGGAGCCAAUUAUUCGACACAGUAUCGUAGGGCGAGGUACGCUUUUCUCACACCGAUACAAAACGAAUAAACGACUAAUAUUACAUUGUCAAUUGUAAAUUU